UAAAAGCCAACCUCCGUUUUAUAGCAGCCAAUCAUUCAUUCAUUCAAUACUUGUCAUCAUCAUUUACCCCUGCAGCGUCAUUGCUUUAACCAGGCUAUCAUUUUUACCUUCCAAUCAAGACCUGGAUAAUCUAGGACUUGAUUCAACAUGGUGACUUAUAUACGAUCUAUAGGAUUUUCGCUAAGCGCAAUGUUAUCAAGGUACCUAGAUACUCAAAACCCGGUUAAAUUAAAAUAUUGUAUUCAACACUGCCGAUGCGACAAGCGGGGGCCGACUUUUGAUCGAUAGCAUUGCUCCUCAUAAUAGAAACUCGGGAGAUUCACACAUAGCUUAGAGAUAGGUUUUAUAAUGAUACAUAUAUUAAUUUCUUGAAUAUACCUACUAACUACAUCUUUUAUUUUAGAUCUUUUGUAAAUAAUUAAAUAAUUACCUAACAUAAAAGACUUCGCUCCCCUGAAGCACACCCGUCUAUGAUACCGCCCCUAUUAUCAUGGCUAUACUUGACUUUUCCGACCUCUAUAUACCAGCUACGCUCACCAUCACAGCUAUUCUAAUCUACAAAUAUAUACUAUAUCCCACCAUCUUCUCACCUCUCUCCAAAAUCCCGACCCCUCACUGGUCUUGCUCCGUCUCGCCGGCCUGGAUCCUAUGGGCUCGGUUCAACAGCCGUGAGAACCGGACUCUGCACGCCGCCCACCGGGAACAUGGCCCCGUCGUGCGCGUCGGCCCCAAAGAGCUGAGCGUCAAUAGCGUCGACGCCGUCAAGACCAUCUACCAGGGAGGUUUCGAUAAGCACGAGUGGUACUCGCUCUUUGACAACUACGGCGUCCCAUGCACCUUCUCCUCAGCGCACGCAAAACACCACUCCCUGCGCAAGAGAAUGGUGUCCCACGUGUAUUCCAAGUCGUACAUCAACGCCUCGCCGGCCCUCGCCGCGCAGGCCGACAUUAUCAUCAACUCCCGGCUGCUGCCGCUUAUCCAGGAAUCUGUUUCGGCUUCUCAACAACCGCAUGGUAUUGACGUGCACUCGUUAUUCUGCGCAGCUGCCAUGGACUUCAUCUCGGCGUACUGCUUCGGCGCGCGGCGGAGUGCUGAUUUUAUCCGCCGCAAAUCCUAUCGUGACCACUGGCUCUCGCUGUACGCCGUCCGCAAGGGCUACGGCUUCUUCGCUCAGGAGCUCCCGCGGAUUUCGAGGGUUCUAGGCGCCGUCGGUCUCGAUCCUACACCCGCUUGGGCUCAUGCUGCGAAUAGGGAGCUUGAGGCGUGGUGUAAGGAGUUGAGCGAUGCUACGGUACGCUUCUUAGAGAAUGAAGGAGUGGGCGAAGAGUCUGUUGUUGACACGGCUGACGAUCCGGUCGUUGUGCGCGCUCUACUUGCUGGUAUCGAGAAGGAGUAUGAGACGAACGGCACGGCAUCACCGCUGUACACGACUGCUAUCCAACAGCGCGACCUCUCAGUCGCCUCCGAGAUCCUAGACCACGUCCUAGCCGGACAAGAAACCACCGGCGUCGCACUGACAUACCUCUCCUACCGCCUGUCCAAAUCCCUCGACCUCCAGCGCGACCUACGCUCCGAACUACUCACCCUGAACCCCAGCCCCCAAAUCAGCCGCCACGACGGCAAGGCACCGCUCCCAGACUCGAAACAGCUCGACAACCUACCCCUUCUGCACGCCGUAGUCAUGGAAACGAUCCGACGGUACUCGCCCGCCGGCGGUCCAGAGCCCCGCGUCACGCCUCCGCCGUCCUGCCGCAUCGGACCGUACGAGGUCCCCGGCGGUAUCCGCGUCUCCGCUUCGGUGUACAACCUGCACCGCGACGAAGCUGCAUUUCCCGAUCCGGAAACGUGGGACCACACGCGGUGGCUGCGCCGAGCAACAGAUCCCGGAGAAGACGACGACGACGGAAAGACGGACGUAGUAAACCGGCAUUUCUGGGGUUUCUCGAGCGGCGGGAGGAUGUGUCUGGGAUCGAACUUUGCCAUGCACGACAUGAAGCUCCUGAUCGCAGCCAUCUACACAAACUACACUAGCCAUGUCGUGGACGACACCGGUAUAGAACCGACUGACGCAUAUACGGGACACCCGAAGAGUAAUUCGCUGUAUCUGCGAUACGAGAGAGUUGUGACAGAAUAGGGCACAUUCAGUUUAACUCGCAUCCCAUAUACUACUACCAUGUUAUGUUAAGCACUCAGGAUAGCUCUGAAUUUGGCAGAUGAAGAUUGAGCGGUUAUAUCAUACACCGUAUAAGUAGAUUACACAACUUGAAGCUCGAAAUUGUAUAUAAAACAUGUAUAUAAAUUACCUGUUAUUGACUCUUAAUAUAACUAACGAGACUUGAAA